UUUCUUCCCUCUCCUUAACCCAGUUCUUUCCCUUCUUUUUCAAGUCUUUCAUUCUUGAUUGAGGUGGUUGACUUUGGUAUUCUUGGUUUGUUUUUAUGGUUUUGCCCAUCGUUCCUUACCGUGGAAUUGAAUCGCCCGUAAAUUCUGAGUUGGACUGUCCCUCUUCCUCAAUUUGUGCUUGUAAAUCCGAGUGUUUGUAUGGCUGCAGGCGAGACCGCGAAGUCAAGAGGCCAGUUGAUCGAACGGAAGAUCGAUAUUAUCGAAAGCUUGGCUGGCAAGGUGAGUAAUCGGCGGUCUCGCAGAUGGCUAAAUGAUUGUCUAUUGAUUGAACUUGUUCCUCGAUUAAAUGUCGAGGAAAUUAGAGGCCUUUUUGCUCCCCCUCCAUGGGGUGACAACAAACCAUUAUCAGCAUUUUGCAUGACCAAUGUCAAAGAGUGGGACGUUUUCCGAAAUGUGGACAUGGAUGUAGAGGCUAGCAUAACAAAAGCCCUGAGGGCGACUUCAGCAGAAAGAAAGGUUUAUAUGAAUACCGAUAAGGCAGUUGCACUGAAUGCAUGGCGACAAGUAGAUCGUAGAACAAGGGAGGCUAUGCGUCGUAAUUUCCUUCCACAACUCAUUGAGGGUUAUGAGGAGCGCAUAAGAGCAUUCAUUAAUGAUGGCGUUGAAGAUGUGCUCGUGCUACAUGUUCAGGAUUCUUUUCACAGAUUAUUGCUUCAUGGUGUAUGUGAGGGGACAGUUAUUAUGCAGCUGCAGCUUGCUUACCAAAGAUACUUACGGCAACUACCAAUAUCUAGUCUGAAAAGUUUCAACUUCUCUUUUCUGAUACAGUUCUACAAUUUAAUCUCCAUCACUGAAUCAAUAGUGAGGGAUGCAAAACUGUGGAAGAUGACAAGGAUAAAGAAGAAAAUGGGUUGCAAUGAGAUCCCCCCAAACAUCACCCUUGCUCAGUUUCUGCGUCUGUCGAAGGAUGGAGCUUUGUAGCCCGUGUGUUUACAAAAUGUGGUAGUCAUGUAUUCUUAUUGAAUCUAAAAUAGAAUUCCUGUAAAUUAUCCAGAAAUUAUGGGACGAUGUUAAUUACUUCGGUGCACCUUAUUCAAGGAGGAAACCUCAGAAGUUUAAGAGGUUUUCCAAUAAAAUACUAGCUUUUAUAUAAUAGCCUUGGACUUGAUUUAUAGUCAAUUUCAAGGAUCCAAUGGUUACGUGUA